AUAGGUACAAUGUGUGUAAGAAUAUUAAUAUUCCCAUUGGUAAUAAUUGCUCAACGAAAUGCGGCUAUUAUGAAUAACCAUAUGCCAAGAUUACAAGAAUUACAAGUAAAAAUGUCAGAAGCGAGACAGUCCGGUAAUAAUUUAGAUGCAGCACGAUAUGGACAAGAAAUGAUGGUAUUUAUGAAAGAAAAAAAAUUAAAUCCAUUAAAAAAUAUGCUUGUACCAUUAGCACAGGCACCCCUUUUUAUAUCAUUUUUUAUGGGCUUACGUGGAAUGGCAAAUGUACCUGUUGAUAGUAUGCGUUAUGGUGGAUUAUUUUGGUUCACUGAUUUAACUUUACCAGAUCCAUUUUACAUAUUACCAGUUAUAACCAGUUUUACUAUGUGGGUUACAAUUGAGGUUGGUACUGAUGCUGCCAGAUUAUCCUCUCAAAAUUUACAAACAAUGCGUUAUGUAUUAAGAGCGCUACCAGUUAUUAUUAUACCUUUUACAAUAAAUUUCCCUGGAGCAAUAUUAUGUUACUGGGUAUCAACAAAUUUUAUAUCAUUAUUACAAGUUGGAUUUUUACGUAUACCAUCUGUACGAAGUUAUUUUAAUAUUGAUCCAUUAGUUACACAUAAUCCAGAAAAUUUACCUGUUAAACCAAAGCCAUUUGUUGAAGGAAUGAAAGAAUCAUGGCGUAAUAUGAAAAUUGCUAAAGAAUUAGAAGAACGUGAAAGAUUUGACGAUAUGCAAUUUCAACGAGCAGGACGUGGUCCAAUAAUUAAAACAUAUAAAUUCGAUCCCACAAAAGUGAGUGGUCCACCAGUGACACCACCAACAAAAAAAUAGUUUUCAAUUUUGUAUAUAUGUUAUUAUUUAUG